AUGUCGGACAGCAAGUACUUCACGACCACCAAGAGGGGUGAAAUCAAGGAGUUUCGGGAGGAGCUCCGCAGUCUGGAGAAGCUCAAAAAGAAAGAAGCUGUCAAGAAGGUGAUCGCCGCCAUGACCGUGGGCAAAGAUGUGUCCAUGCUGUUCCCAGACGUUGUGAACAACAUGCAGACAGAGGACCUGGAGUUGAAGAAAUUGGUGUACCUCUACCUGAUCAACUACUCAAAGACACAGCCGGACUUGGCUAUCAUGGCUGUGAACACUUUUGUGAAGGAUUCGCAAGACACCAAUCCCCUCAUCAGGGCUCUGGCAGUCAGGACGAUGGGAUGCAUUCGCGUGGACAAGAUCACAGAGUACCUCUGCGAUCCGCUACAAAGAUGCCUCAAGGAUGAUGAUCCCUACGUUCGCAAGACUGCCGCCAUUGCUGUUGCAAAGCUUCAUGACAUCAACCCCGAGCUUGUGGAGGACAGGGGCUUCCUUGAUCAGCUGAGGGACAUGCUGCAAGACUCUAAUCCCAUGGUGGUCGCCAAUGCUGUUGCCUCUCUCGCAGAGAUCCAGGAGUUGAGUGGAAAGGAGGUGCUCAAGGUCACAGAUGGCACUGUAUUCAAGCUCCUUGCAGCAUUGAAUGAGUGCACAGAGUGGGGCCAGGUGUUCAUAUUGGACUCCAUGGCAACAUACACAGCCAAGGAUGCCCAGCAGGCUGAGAACAUCAUCCAGCGAGUGCUGCCCAGGCUGCAGCACGCGAAUGGUGCCGUGGUCCUGUCUGCAAUCAAGGUUGUCCUGAAGCAGAUGGCAUCUGUUUCGGAUGAGAACCUGCUGCGGUUGUGGCACAAGAAGAUGGCCCCACCUCUUGUCACCUUGCUGAGCACGGAGCCCGAAGUUCAGUAUGUUGCCCUCAGGAACAUCAGCCUGAUCGUGCAGAAGAGGCCUGAAGUACUAACAAAUGACGUGAAGGUCUUCUUCUGCAAGUACAAUGACCCCAUCUAUGUCAAGCUGGAAAAGCUGGAGAUCAUGAUCAAACUGGCGACACCCGACAACAUCGAUCAGGUUCUCCUUGAAUUCAAGGAAUAUGCUCAGGAGGUGGAUGUGGAUUUUGUACGAAAGGCUGUGAGAGCGAUCGGCCGCUGCGCGAUCAGCUUGCAGGAGGCGUCGGAGCGCUGCAUCAAUGUGCUCCUGGAGCUCAUCCAGACCAAGGUUAACUAUGUGGUCCAAGAGGCAAUAAUUGUGAUCAAGGACAUCUUCAGGAGGUACCCAAACAAGUACGAAUCCAUCAUCGCCACACUCUGCGAGAACUUGGAUAGUCUGGAUGAGCCGGAGGCCAAGGCUUCGAUGGUGUGGAUCAUCGGCGAAUAUGCGGAGCGCAUUGACAAUGCAGACGAGCUGCUGGAGACUUUCCUGGAGACCUUUCCAGAAGAGUCCGGAAUGGUCCAACUGCAGCUGCUGACAGCGACGGUGAAGCUGUUCUUGAAAAAGCCGACUGAGUCGGCACAAAAAAUGAUCUCUCUCGUUCUGUCUGCUGCAACGUCAGAGGUGGACAACCCGGACAUCAGGGACAGGGCCUUUGUGUAUUGGAGACUGCUCAGCACCGACCCAGAGGCCGCAAAGGACGUCGUUCUGGCAGAGAAGCCGGUCAUCUCCAACGACACCGGCAGCCUGGAGCCGCUGCUGCUGGAGGAGCUGCUGUCGCAGAUAUCCACCCUCGCGUCUGUGUACCACAAACCUGCGGGCACGUUCGUGAGCAGGACGCGGCUGGCGGUGCAGAAAGCGGACGAACUGGAGGCCACCCACUUUGAGGACGAGCUGGCAGCUGCGCCGGAGGGGCAGGGGCGCACGAGGGAGUUGCCCGCCACGGCGGGGGCCGCAGCUGUGCCCGCUGCUGUUCCAGCUGCAGCUCCUCAGGUCGACCUGUUGGGAGAUCUACUGGACAUGGGGCCACCGGCACCAGCCGCGCCAGCGCCUGCGGCACCAGCGCCCGCAGCGGCUGCACCUGUGGCAUCGCCAGUGGACGACGUCAUGGACCUCUUGAGCGGCCUGGACAUGGGCCCCGCGCCGGCCGCCGCGGCCGCGCCCGUCGACCCCUUCGGCGGCCUGGACGCCCCCACGCCCGCGCCCGCCGCGGCCCAGCCCCAGUCCGUCACCCUGCCUGUGGUGCUUCCCCCCGACAGGGGCCAGGGCCUGACCAUUGGGGGCCAGCUGGCCAGGCAGGGCGGCCAGACGGUGUACCUGAUGCAGUUCGGCAACGCGGCGGGGGUGCCCGUGGAUGGGCUUAUGAUCCAGCUGAACACCAACUCGUUCGGGCUGCAGCCUGCGCACCAGGUCCUGAACGUCCCGCCCGUGGCGCCCGGCACCGUGGCCUCUGCCACAGUCCCCCUGGUCCAGAUGCCGGCCAAGGUGGCGCCCGGCCCCGUCACAGAUGCCCUCCAGAUCGCCGUCAAGACCAACCAGCUGGGCGUGCUGUACCUUAACGAUGCCGUCGCCCUGGAGGGUCUUUUGGUGGAGGGCGGCGAGAUUGCGCAGAACGUGUUCCUGGACAGCUGGCGCGCUCUGAGCGGCGACAACGAGCGCUCAGAGACGCUGCCGGUGGCGGUGGGGGAUGUGGAUGCAACCCUGGCGAGGUUGAAGGCCGCCAACGUGUUCUGCAUGGCGCACCGGCAGGUGCCUGGGACGAGCCAGGAGGCCGUGUACCUGACGUGCCGGGUGGAUGGCGUACCCGCCCAGCUGCUCCUGGAGCUGCGCUUCACCCGCAACGCCCAGGGGGUCAUCUGCGCAUGCAAGAGCGAGCGGCCAGACCUGGCGCCCCUGCUAUUCCCCGCCGUGCAGCGCCUGCUGGCUUGA